AUGCACCAGCAGCAGCCUGACUCAGCAGCGGCGGCGGCCAGGAAGAUGGCGCACCCGGCGAUGCUGCCCCGGGCGGGCGGUGGUGGCGGCGGCGGGGGCAGCGGCAGCCUGGAGGAGCAGCAGCAGCCGCCCCCUCCGCAGAGCCUGAGCCUGGCGGCGGCCCCGGGCCCCGGCGCGCAGCUGAAGAAGAAGAGCGGCUUCCAGAUCACCAGCGUGACGCCGGCGGCGCAGAUCUCGGCCGCCAGCCUGAGCUCCAACAACAGCAUCGCCGAGGACACGGAGAGCUACGACGACCUGGACGAGUCGCACACCGAGGACCUCUCCUCGUCCGAGAUCCUCGACGUCUCCCUGUCGCGCGCCACCGACCUGGGCGAGCCCGAGCGCAGCUCCUCCGAGGAGACCCUCAACAACUUCCACGAGGCCGAGACGCCCGGCGCCCUCUCGCCCAACCAGCCGCGCCUCCUCAACGGCGCCCUCCCGCCCCCCACGCCCCCCAACGCCGCCCCCCGCAAGCUGCCCCCCGCCCGCCCGCCCUGGCGCGCCGCCUCCGCGCCCGGCCUGCCUUCCACCGCCGCCGGCAGCAGCAGCAGCAACCCCGGGCCCGGGCAGGGCGGCGUCGGCCUGGGCAAGGGCGCCCCCUCCGGCGGGCCUGGCAACGGCCCCGGGGCCCUGAGCGGCGGCAGCAGCAGCAGCCCGGCCGCCGCCCCCUCGCGCUUCCGCGUGGUCAAGCUGGAUUCCAGCUCGGAGCCCUUCAAGAAGGGGCGCUGGACGUGCACCGAGUUCUACGACAAGGAGAGCCUGGCGGCGGCAGCGGCGGCCCCCGACGGCGGGCUGGCCCCGCACAAAGCCCUCGACGCCCUCAGGCAGCAGCAGCAGGCGGCGGCGGCCUCGGAGGGCGGCUCGGAGCGGGAGAGCCCCAGCGGGAGCUCGGUGGGCAGCAGCAGCCUCAGCACGCUCAGCCACUACACCGAGAGCAGCCUGGGCAGCGGGGAGAUGGCGGGGGCCGCCUCCUCCGGGGCCCCCGACUUCGCCCCGGCCUUGCCCGCCUCCAGCCUGCCCCAGAGCCUCUCCCAGUCGCAGCUCCACCAGGAGGCCAGCUACCCUCCCGCCGCCCCUGCCACCCUGGCCGGUCUCCUGCCUGCCGUCAGCCUGGCUGGCCCUCAGCAGCAGCAGCGGGGGGGCAUCUCAGCAAUGCUGCCACCCUACGCCCAGGCGGGCCCCCCUGUGCCACCGCAGCAGCUGCCCUACGGAGUGGGACAGGGCCCGCCCGUCCCCGUGCAGGUGGCCCCCGGGCACGUGCAAGCCGCCAAUCCAAAUUCCCUCCCUGGGCCGGACUACAUCCCGCAGCAGCAGCAGAUGCUCCAGGCUCCGGCCGUAGGAGGAGCAGGGACACCCGCGCCUUCUGCUCCAGCCUCGAGCGGGCUGCCUUCUGGACCAGCGCACCUGGCCAUGGCCCCCACUCCACCUGUUGCGUGCAUCCAGGCCGCAGGAGCCAGCGUUCCCAUGGUGAAUGCCGCGCAGCAAGCGGCCAUGCCCCCCGUGGUGCAGCAGUCCCUGGUAGCCAACCCCAUGGCCCCCGCCUUGAUGCCACAAAACGCUGCCCCUUCCCAGGCGAUGCCAUCCAUACCUGCAGGGAUGAUUCCGCCUGGCUCACAAGCUGGCGCCUCUGGCCUUCCGCAGCCGCUUGUGAUCGCCGCACAGCCUUCUCUGUUACCAGCCCAGUCACAGCUGCAAUCGGGAGAGGCCCUUGUGCCAGGGAUGGCUGGCCAGCAGGUGCCCGCUGUUAGUCCGGGGCCUCCUGUUGGGGCCGUGCCCGUUUCAGGCCAUUGUGCUGCAAACGUACCCCCUCCUCCUGCCAGCCUGGCACCUUUGAAGAACGUUGUGCCAUCUUCAGCCAUGCAGAAUGAGAACUUGGCUCAAAAGCUCCCCCAGUCUUCAUUGACAUCCACUAGCAUCAAUUUACCCAUGCCCCCAAAUGUCCCACCACUGAACUCUGCUCCGUUCUCUGCACAGUCUCUUGCUCACUCAUCGGUCAGCCGAGGUGGAGAAGCCAGACGCUCCACGGAUCCCCUCCUGGUGGGCAUCGCCCAGCCCCUGGGCCCAGAAAGUGGUGCCGGAGUCCCUUCAGCCCUUUUGGAUGGGGCCAGCAGCAUGGCGGCUUCCCUCUUCCCCUUGAAGGGCCUUCCGCUGACCGCGCAGCUGAUGGAUGGGGAGGAUGACGGCUCCUCGGGCGCCAGCGUCGUCGCCAUCGACAACAAGAUCGAGCAAGCCAUGGAUCUAGUUAAGAGCCAUUUGAUGUAUGCGGUCAGAGAGGAAGUGGAGGUCCUGAAGGAGCAGAUCAAAGAGCUCAUAGAGAAAAACAACCAGCUGGAGCAGGAAAACUCCCUCCUGAAGACGCUGGCCAGCCCGGAGCAGCUGGCCCAGUUGCAAGCACAGUUGCAGACCAGCUCUUCGCCGGCAUCCUCCCAGCCGCAAGGGACAGGGCAGCCGCCGCCCCAGCCGGCACUCCCGGGCUCAGGACCUUCAGCGUAGCCGGAAAACCUCUCUGCAAAAAUGCACCGGACUCGGCCAAGGCAGGACUGCCGGAAGUACAGCCGAGCGGCCCUCUGCCCGCCUUUACUGCAUGCUCUCCUUGCCCUCCCCGUUGUGAAGCCUCCGCUGCGACUGGUGCCCGUCGGCGCCAGAAGGUGCUUUGUUUUCUUCCCCAGUAUUUAAGGUGUUCUCUUGGGGUUUGGGCGGGGGGGAGCCUCAGCUCUCUUAAGACACGCUUGCUGGCGGGGGCGCAGAACCGUCUGGGGAGUCAAGACAGAUGCGCUGGAGACAGCGGCAGCCGCUAAGAGCUGAAGAUGUUUUUCCUGGAGAACUGUCUUCUGGAGCCACGGAGAACACGAGUGGCAGUGCUAUGAAGUGUGGAGAUAUGAAGAAGUAGGCCGGGGGUGCUGGGAAUGAAGGAACCCCCCCCACCCCUUUAGCAUUCCACCCAGGAGCCAAAGCAGUAACUACCGAGAAGGACCUCGGAGAAGGGGAAGGAGGAGGGAAGUCAGUGUUUGACGCCUACAACCUUAAAACGCAAAUGUGCACUUAAAAUUGUUUUUUCUGUAGUCGAAAUGUUUUCCAAAAUGGUGUUUUUAGGAGGAGAGCAGGUAUGUGACACGUUGGCUGUGACGUUGUGUAGGAUCGUAAAAAUGAAGGUUUAUUUGCUUAAUGUAUAUUUGUGUACGUAGUGUAAUUACCUUGUAAAAUAGAAACUGUAACUAAGUAAAUUGUACAGAAUGAAUUCCAAAGGGUAAACUGAACAUGUUUGGAGAGGGGUGUGGUUUUUUUUUUUUUUUGGUUUGUUUAAUUUUAUUUUUGAUGCUCCACAAUUAAGAUUUGCACCUACACGGCUCUUAAGAAACUGGCUGAUUGUUCUCUGUGCAAAGCAAUUUUCUUGGAUCUGAAUACCUUGAAGCCAAAUUAGUUCAGAUUCAAGCUGGGGGGACCAGCCACUCCAGAAAACGAUCGGUCUCACAAUGGUGGGUUUUCUUUUGUUUUGCAUAUGAUCCGUAUAGUAGUAUGCAUACAUUUCUGCGCAUGUUCUUUGGGGGAAAAGUAAAUUGUAAACAUCAGAAUAUUUAACUAUUGCACUUCUCGCGUUCAAAUAAAGCAUCAAAUGUUGAUUAGAA